AUACUGGUUGAGCAAUAUGUCCCAGUAUUUGUUUGUAACAUGGACUGCCAUUCAGGUUGUAAUGGUGGUGGGUUUAGUAUUCAUUGCCAUCAAAUCUAGUUCAUCAAAGAAGAAGAAGAAAUACCCACCAGUUGUGGGUGCAUGGAUGGUUGUGAGGGAUCUUGUUCUGUUCAAGGAUAAGGUGCCUCAUAGAAUAUUCUACCAGUGGGCUAAAUGCUAUGGUCCUGUCUAUUCUGUCCGUACUGGCCUUACAUCUUCUGUUGUUGUAUUGAAUUCAGCCAAAGCUGCCAGACAAGCCAUGACAGAGCAUCAUUCAUCUAUCACAGCGAAAAAUCUGACCACAGCCUUGAAAGUGCUGUCUUUGGAUCAGACAAUGGUGGCCUUGUCAGACUAUGGAAGAGAUCAUCGCUUGAUGAAGAAGCUCAUGGUCUCACACCUCCUCGGAACAACUCCUCAAAGAAAUAAUGCGUUCAUGAGAGAGGAAAUGGUGCAGAAGCUAAUAGCUUCCAUGUACCUUGAGUUGAAGGAGGCUUACAAUGACACAGUCAACAUGAGCAAGAUAAUUCUUGACCACUUGUUUCCUUUUGCUCUAAAUCAGGCAACUUCCCAUAGCACAGUAAUCUCUAAUGUGGAAGCACCAUAUAUGCAACAUUUUGGCUUACAUUAUUUACAGUUUAGUAUUGAAAUUUGGAAGGGCUUAUCCAUCAAAUACAUUUAUAUUUUUCAUAAAAAAGAUGUGGCAAAAUGUUUGUUAGGCCAUCUGAUAACUUUUCUAUACCAAAAGGACCUCAGUAGUUCAAUUGUGGAAAGUUUGUUAGUUCAACUGGUAAUAUAUUGA